CAGCCAGAGAACAUAACGCCGGAUCCACCUCCGCCGAUUCCUCGCGAUCGUCAGUGCUAUAUACACCCAGCUCCCAAAGCGGGACAGAGCGAUAAAGAUAAAAAGUGCAAAAACAAAGCGCACUGCGGAUAAAGAUAACGAAGUUCCCAGUGCAAGUGAAGUGAAACGAGAACGCAGUUUUCCAAUAGGAAAUAGAGAUAUAGAAAAUCCGAGAGUCGGAGUCAGAAUGCAAAUGUGUCGAGCAUAAAAAAAAUAUAUAUCUACAAGUUCCCGAACGAUAAACACACACACUGAGACACUCGACUACAGUGCCAAUCCAGCCAAGUGAAACCAAGUGGCGACCAGCGAUCUCCGAAUGACUAUGACUUCAACGGUGCUCCAGCGGCCAAUUCAAGCCAAAUCUGAGAUCAGGCACCACCAGUCCGGCGUUGCGGCCAAGACCCCCAAGUCCACAAACUCCAACAGAAGCCGAUCCACGAUGGCCUGGUCCAAUGAGAAGCUGCGCUUCUCCUGCAUCGACAACAUUGGCCUCAAGCAGCUGUGGAAACUGAUUGCCUUGGACACCAGUGCCCCAUCCAAGCAGCGAACUCAAAUAAUGCUGGAUGUGGAGCAGCAGCAACAGCAGCAACAGCAGCAGCAAUCGAACAAUAACAACGAGCGCAUUCCCUAUGAGAACUGCGACAACUUGGCCGACUAUUUGAGUCUACAAAGAGCGGCCCAGGCUCAGAAGAAUCACAUCCCAUCUCCGGCUCCGGCUGAGAUGUCCCUGCUGAAGUUCUUGGCCAUUAACGCCCUAGAGUUGAGUGCCCCAGCUACGCCGCAUCUUCUCCAGCACCAGCAGACUCAGACGCAGGCGAAGCCACAGGGCUGGAUGCAGCUUUCCGGUCACCCAGAGAGCAUUGUUCCCACAUCAACCGGAAUAGUGCGCAAACGCAUCACAGGUUUCGAUGACAACGAGAUGCAUGCCUACCAACUGAUCUGCCAGGAACCACAGACCGCCCAGAUCGUUCCCGCCUACUAUGGAAUGCAGGAGAUUCAGGCGCAGCACUACAUUGAGCUGCAGGAUCUGCUGUCCGGGUUCAGGGAUCCCUGCGUGAUGGACAUCAAGAUGGGCAGUCGCACCUUCCUCGAAUCGGAGGUCAGCAAUGCCACACUGCGACCAGAUCUCUACCAGAAAAUGAUCGCUGUGGAUGCGGGAGCUCCGACGCCGGCGGAGCACGAAGCUCGAGCGAUCACCAAGCUGCGCUACAUGACCUUCCGGGAAUCGCUGUCCUCCUCGCACUCCAAGGGCUUCCGGAUCGAAGCGCUGCGCCUGCGCGGACGACAGCCAGUCAAGGAUUUGAAGACCUGCCGGAGCAGCGAGCAGAUUGCCCAGACUAUUGAACAGUUCCUGGCCGCCAGGCGAUCCGUGCAGAAGGAGCUGCUGAAGCGACUGAAGCACAUGCGCCUGGUCAUCGAGCAAUCGGCCUUCUUUGCCCGCCACGAGAUCGUUGGCUCCAGCAUUUUCAUCGUUUACGAUGAUGACAAGGUCGGCGUUUGGCUGAUUGACUUUGCCAAGUGCCGGGAGCUGCCACCUCAGAUCAGAGUGGAUCAUCGCAGUCCGUGGGCACCGGGCAACCGGGAGGAGGGUCUGCUCCGCGGAAUGGACGAGCUCAUCCGCUCCUUCGAGGAGGUCUACGCCCGCUGUGGUUCGCAUCGCAGCUGCCUCAAAAUCUAAUGGAUUGAUCGAUGGCAUUAGCAGCUGGAUCUGCACCAAAAGACUGAUCACCAAGCUCCAUUUGUACAGAGAAAAGAAAAGAGGAUUCAUCGCAUCGCCCGGGCUGAGAUCCACCCUAUAUUAUAUAUUUGUUCCAUAUUGGAAAACUACGACUUCAGCUCGGGAACCCCUAGAAUGUUUAAGACUAGCUGGAGGAGAUAAUAACGAUUAGUAUUGACCACCAAGCAGCAUUUGUUUGAUUGAAACAGGUUUAAACUAAGUAUUUGUGAAAAAAAUCAAAAUAUGAACACAAAAAAUAAAAUAUGUUAAGAAAAUUAAA